UCUCUACUCUCUAAAGCGUGCUAUAGGUAGUACCUGGUAGUUCUGUCGUUCUAUAUUCCGAUCUCGAGGAGUUUUUCGAAUCACCGAGAGACGAAAAAAUGGUUGGCUCGGUUGUCCGACCUUCUCUGCUACGUGGCUCCACGGUUAGACAUUAUGCGGCUGCAGCAGCUGCACAGGCUUGUGCAUCUGCAACUCCCGAGAUCAAAGUUUUGACUAAUAAAGUGACCGUGGCCACAUGUGACAGUAACUCUCCAGUUGCACAAGUAUCCAUCGUCUUCAGAGCUGGCUCACGAAAUGAAACGCACGAUACACAAGGCACAGCUCAUUAUUUAAGGAUAUGUGCUGGGCUGAGCACGUCCAAUGCAAGUGCUUUUGCCAUAACGAGGAACAUACAACAGCUCGGUGGAAAUUUAGUAACCACCCAAGACCGUGAAACUAUAGCAUACACAUUACAAAUCACCAGGAACAACUUGGUAGAAGCUCUCAAGUAUCUGGAGAGUGCUGCUACCAAACAAGUGUUCAAACCGUGGGAGGUAUCUGAUGAACUGCCCAGACUGAAAUAUGAAUUAGCCACUUUGCCAGAUACAGCUGUGGUAAUUGAUCUGUUGCACAAAGCAGCUUUUCGUAAUAGUGGGCUUGGAAAUUCUCUUUUUUGCUCACCGCAUCAAGUAGGCAAAAUAAACUCAGAGACUCUGCAACACUUUGUCAAUUCUUGGUGUACUGCACCGAGAUGCGCAGUCGUUGGCACCGGUGUCGCGCUUUCAGAACUCGCUGCUCUAGGAUCCAAUUUGACCAUUGGCUCUGGAGAUAAUGCGAACGAAAAAGCGAAGUAUUCUGGUGGAGAAGUACGUAAUGAGACCGGUGCACCUCUGACUCAAGUGGCAUUGGCCGUCGAAGGUGUCAGCUUGAAAAGCGACAAAGAUGUCUUAGCGUGUGCAGUACUUCAGAGAGCGUCCGGUUGCGGACCCAGAGUAAAAUGGGGAUCUACUGUCAGUCCGCUGAAUAAGCAAGUCGCGAGUGCUGCAGGCUCAGAACUAUUCGGUGUGUCAACGUUCAAUGCGAGCUACUCCGAUUCUGGACUUUUCGGAGUCGUCUUGUGUUCACCACCGAACGUAGCAGGAUCUUUGACAAAAGCAGCUGCCAAAUGGUUGAAGUCCUUGAACGUAUUGGAAAGCGACGUCGCUCGCGGUAAGAAUAUCUUAAAAACGGAGGUUUUGGACGCAGCGGACAAUUCUACUUCCUUGUUGGAAAGUCUACAACAGCAAGCUCUGCUCAAAGGACAAAUUACCUCACCGACAGCGUUAGUCAACGCCAUUGACAAAGUUACUGCGGCCGACAUAAAAGCUGUGGCUGAUAAACUAGCCAAAGGGAAUCUGUCUCUGGCCGCUACCGGAAAUUUGAAAACUAUACCGUACGUCGAUGAAUUAAAAUAGAUUUCACGUUUCUUUCGAGUAGCGAAAUAUCGAAAUUACACUCUCUUCCAUAUUGCGAAGAUAGAGAUCAGAGGCCCGUAUCAUUGCGAUCUAUUUAAUAUUUGUUAAGCAUUUCAUUGCAGUGAAUGUAACUUUGUAGAUACGAAUAACUAAUAAAACUUCUUUCGACUUAAA